GUAAUGACGACGCGAUUUUUUUUAAUAUUUAAAUUAACAAAUCGUUUUGUCUCGAUGUAAUCGCCAGUAUUCUUAUCGGAGUCAUAAAACAUAUCCAUUGUACACUCCGCAUAAAAUUGGAUCAGCCUUGCUUCAGCUUAUUGUGCACCCGAGAGUGAUUACGACUCCACCGAACCGUGUGCAGUCUCGUCGACCUUCGUGGCCCGCAAUGAUUUAAAGAAACACGUGUGUAAUCAAGUAUCAGUUUGAUUUGAGCUACGUCCGAGCAAUUUACUAUUUAAAAAGUAUAAUAAAAUUUACAUACGAUGGCAGCUGUUAACGGUGUCAAUGGAGUGAUCAGUGAAAACGGUGUCUCAAACGAAAUCAAAGCAUCAGCCUUAGACCUCAUCGGCGAAACUCCGAUCGUCGCCCUUGACAGAUUGUACUCGGGGCCGGGCCGUAUUCUGGCGAAAUGCGAGUUCAUGAAUCCAGGCGCGUCAAUUAAAUGCCGCUCAUCAUUAUACAUGAUACAGAAUGCGCUUGAGAGUGGAGAACUGAAACCAGGCGGACCUGUCGUAGAAGUGACUUCUGGCAACCAAGGCUGCGGUCUCGCGGUAGUCUGCGCUGUGCUCGGUCAUCGCCUUACACUUACCAUGUCCAAAGGUAACAGUGCUCAACGGGCGAUACAUAUGGAAGCCCUAGGCGCUAAAUGUAUCAGGGUUCCUCAAGUGGAAGGCACAUACGGUAACGUUACUUUAGCUGAUGUCAAGCAAGCCGAAGCGGAAGGCAUGCGGCUUGUCGAUGAGCUGGGAGCUUACUAUGUAAAUCAGUUCAAUAAUGAAGCAAACGCGGAGGCACAUUACAAGACAACGGGCCCGGAAAUUUGGCGGCAAACAGGCCACCACGUGGAUGUUUUCGUCGCGACCGUAGGCACGGCCGGUACGUUCAUGGGCACAUCAAAAUAUUUAAAGGAAAAGAAUCCAAAUUUACUAUCUUUUGUUGUUGAACCGGCCGGCUCGGAGCCUAUCAAAGGAAAAGAGGUCACAAAACCAUUGCAUUUACUCCAAGGAUCUGGUUACGGGUGUGUACCGAAUCUAUUCAAAUUUGAUUAUAUGGACGGUACAGUUAGCGUCACAGACGAAGAGGUCAUAAAGUAUAAAAAGCUAAUCGGUGAGAAAGAAGGAUUGUUUGUGGGGUACACAAGUGGCGCUAACGUGGCCGCCGCGGUCCAUCUUCUGCAAUCAGGCAAGGUACCGAAAGACGCAUGGGUGGUGACUACAUUAAACGACACGGGAUUAAAAUACACCCCUGUUCCAGAUGAAUGUGACAGAUAGAUUAACCUAUUAAUACAUUUUAUAGUUUAUUAAUAUAAUUACAAUUUUAUUUAUUAUUAU